AUGCCUAGCUUGCGAGUCCUAGCUAAGGACCAUCCUCAGCGAUCACUAGCUUUGGCCACCAGCGACUAUAUUUUGAUUUUCCAACAUAGCUCUAUAGAGCCGGAGGUCAGCCACCAGCGACGCAGUAAUGACAGGACACGCUGUCUAGUGGAGUUUUCUAAAUUACAGGACGUAGAAUUGAGCAGCUAUCGCAAACUAGGAGAUGGAUAUGGUACACUUGGAUUGAUAACUUUAGGCGAGGAGGCUACAGGACCGGUGAGCUUAUUCGUUUUGUUUUGUUGUGUUACUGCUGCUGUUGCUGUUUUUAGAGCUUCUGUUUCUAUCCUGCCUCAAUUGCAAACAAACUUCCCUUCAACAUUAACAGUAAUAUCCCGACAAUCAUCUCGACGUGCGGGCACGAGGUUCAAUUCCCGUGGCAUUGAUGAUGACGGCAAUGUCGCGAAUUUUGUAGAAACGGAAACGGUUCUCUGGAUUCCACCGGGGAUUACCUUUUCUUAUGUCCAAGUUCGUGGCUCAGUGCCAAUCUUCUGGGAGCAAGCGACGGGGUUUCUUCCAGGCCAACAAAAAAUUGAUGUGACACGAUCCAGUGAAGCAACGCAGCAUGCAUUUAACAAACAUUUUGAGAGCCUUGAGCUAGAGUAUGGUGCGAUACAUGUGGUCAACCUACUCAGUGAACUAAAGCCUGGAGAGGCUGAGCUGUCAGCAAAAUUCCGAGAGCAUAUCAGGGAAAAAUUUGAUUUCCACGCAGAAACCCGAGGUCCCUUAGGGUAUGCGGCUAGCAAUCACAUCAAACAUGAAAUCUCACAUUCUCUGAGCGGCUUUGCCUUCUUCUUAUCUGAAAACAUCGCGGUCAUUAAUUCCUUGAACGAAAAUAAGAAAUUGCCAAUGAGUUCCUCCACUAUCCUCUUACAAGAGGGUGUUUUCCGGACAAACUGCUUAGACUGUCUAGACAGGACUAAUCAUGUGCAAAAUAUCAUCAGUUCGAUGGCUCUUGAAUCAUUCCUACUCCAACAAGGAGGGAUAUUGAAUUCUGAUGUUCAACUCAGACACUCAACUCUUUGGGCGGAUAACGGAGAUGCCCUGUCUAAGAUAUAUGCUGGUACGGGUGCCUUAAAAAGUUCCUUCACGCGACAUGGAAAAAUGUCUAUCGCUGGGGCGCUAGCAGAUGCGCGUAAGACCGCAACUCGACUAUAUGUCAAUAACUUUUCCGACAAGGCUCGCCAGAAGACGAUAGAUCUCUUACUAGGGCGAUUGACGGAUCAAACAGCCGUACAUCUCUAUGAUCCGAUUAACGACUUGGUCUCAGCAGAGUUGGUCCAGCGAAUGUCGGAGUAUUCUUUUACCAAGACUGUCAAAAUCUGGACGGGGACAUUUAAUGUGAAUGGACGUCACUAUGGAGCGGAUGUCGACCUAGCGCCAUGGUUGCUGCCUGAUAUUGAAGACGAAGGUCCUACUAUAUUUGCUGUUGGAUUACAGGAGAUAGUCACGUUAAGUCCCCAGCAGAUAAUGUCUACUAAUCCAACUACUCGUAAAGUUUGGGAAGCUGCCGUUGGGAACUGCUUGAAUACCUCGGCGAAGUUUAGGGGAGCUCCGAAGUACGUUCUUUUGCGGAGUGGUCAACUUGUUGGUGCUGCUCUUAUGAUAUAUGUUAGAGAAGAUGCUUUGAAGGACAUAAAAAAUGUAGAGGGAAAUGUUAAGAAGACAGGUCUUUCCGGUAUUGCUGGCAACAAAGGGGGUUGUGCCAUUCGUUUGGAGUAUUCCAACACCCGUAUCUGUUUUGUUACGGCACACCUUGCUGCCGGAUUUGCAAACUACGACGAAAGGAACAGGGACUAUCAGACUAUAUGCCACGGAUUAAGGUUCCAAAAGAACAGAUCAAUUGAAGACCAUGACACUAUCUUAUGGCUCGGUGAUUUCAAUUAUCGAAUCGGCCUCAGCAAUUACAAUGUCAGAGAACUCGUGCUACAAAAAGACUAUCAAAAACUUUACGACAAUGACCAGUUGAAUUUGCAGAUGCUAGCAGGACAAGCUUUUCAAUUCUACACUGAGGGGUCAAUUUCGUUUCCUCCUACUUACAAAUACGAUAUUUACAGUAGCGAAUAUGACACUUCGUGA